AAGGUGGUGUGCAUACGGUCCCUUUGAGUCUGCCACAACUGAGUGUGGAGGAGCUCAAAACGACUGUAAUGCUGAGGCCCGAAGAGCGGAAAGCGUUACUUGCUGACCGUGAAGAGGAGGAGAUGAAGAGAAUUGCUUUUGCUGAGGCUGAAGGUGAUGGACAGGGCGUAAAGACGAUUGAUGCUGUAGAAGAAGAUCAGGCGAAGCUUGAUAGCGGUGAUGUGGGAUCAGACCAAAACAGAAUUGGAACUCCAAGAAUAGAAGAUGAUGGUGCAGCAACUUCGGUGGAACAGCUUGAUUCCAG